AUGUCAGCCCCCAACAAACCUCUCCAGCUCGAUCCCUCCCAGAUCUAUCUCCAAAUAUCAUAUUCCGUCUCCCAGCCGCCGCCCAAUCCAAUCACGAAGACGGGCCAUCAGCUCAGAUACGUGGGCCAGGUCGGCGAGCUGGAGGGAGAAGGUGUGUGGCAAGUGAUCAGACCUGAUGGGCAGGCUGUGAAGAGGGGAGAGGAGGAUUGGACGAACGGGGAGAAGAGUGUUGUGGAGGAGGUGAAGAAGCUCCAGGGGGUCAAGGGUGUAAAAGUGAUGCCGGAGGUGAAGCAAAGGCCCAAACGGUCCGAAUUCUAG